AACCCUCCCAGUAAUAACAGUGAAGAGCCAGGAGCAAGCUGGCAGAGAGAAAAGUUUUAUCAGCAGCACUCUUCAAACAAACUGUAGUCCUGAUUGCUCGCUCACUGGUCCGCCACAAAGAUUGUACACCAUGUAUAGCUUUGUGGACCAGAUUCGCCAGCAUAGGCAGACACUGCUAUUCAUUUUUGCGGCAAUAACAGCUUUUGCUGUAGUAUGUCAGGGACAAGAAUCAUCGUUUUCACUUAGCAUCAGCUCGGGAGAUCCCCUACUGCCAUGUGUAUAUCGAGGAGAACCUUAUCUCCAUGGAGAGUCUUGGAGUGUUGAUGAAUGUACGACUUGUACUUGUGAUAAUGCUACCACGACCUGUGUGAUCGAGAGUUGUCAACCUGCCUUCUGUAUUCAACCUAUAAAACCUGAGGGAGAAUGUUGCUUCUUAUGUCCUUUCAAUGUAAAGGUGAAGAAGGUAUCUCCUGUGAUAACCAGUACAGGCAGCAUAUCAGAAGGCAGAGAGAACCGUCUAAGGCUUCGAGUACCCAUCAAGUUCCAGGAAGCUCAAGAUACAACAGGUGUCCAAGGAGAAGGUCUUUGGAGACUCAGUGCAUGGGCCUCACCCAAUGCAGAUGGCAGGGGACAAAGAUUUGGUUAUCAGAGUCAGACCCUUGAUGAGGCCCAACAGGCACAGCACUAUAAGAAGAAGGACUCAUUCCAAUUUGAGGAUGUGGACUUCCGUCUCACUGACCCUUUUGCCCAGUGUACAGACAUGAUGUAUAUCUGUACUCGAUUGGAUCGCGGAGACAGCCCCAGAACAAAGGGAGGUCUGGACUACGAGUUCUCUGGCUUCCCUGAUGACAAUGCUCUUGUUGGCUGUACAACUGCUCCGGAAUGCAAAGAUAUACAAGCUAGAGGCUUGAGUUGGCGUUACUCUGCAAGAAGCAUUGUAGCUGGAAUGGAGAAUGAGCUUUUCAUCAACGCCACUGUCUUGUUUACCUCUACUUCUUCCGGCGUCUCUGGAAAUAAUCUUUGGAGACUUGGCCUGUAUGGCAGCAAGAAUGAGGAUGGAAGUGGGGAGAAGUUCAACUACAAUGAGCAGACACUGAACAAUGUGGAAGUCUCUAAGACCUUGCCAGAUGGUGGUCCUCUAGAAUUCACAGAGGCCAGGGCCAUGUUUGAUGUGGCUGCUAUUGGAUGUGGUCCAUUCACCUACUCUUGUAUGGAUUUCACAAGGAAUGAGAAUGCUGAUCCAUUAUUUUCCUUCUCUGUGCUUCCUGAAGGCGAUACCAUCACUCUGUGUCAAGAAAGUAAUUGUAGGGCAGAUCUAAGCAUCUUCAGUGUUCGGGACACUGUCCUGAGUGGUACAGUCAUUGAUGGUCGUGGAUCCAAUCCAUAUUCAAUGGAUGUGGAUAUCAGUGGUGGUGGAGUUGGUGUAGCUGGCAGUGGCCUCUGGAAAUUGAAUGCUUUUGGAAGCUCCAAUGCAGAUGGUUCAGGAAGACGUUACAGUGAGAGUUCACAGGUGCUCACAAGGAGUCAGCAAGACCAGACUUUCCGCCACCCCGAUGAUUUGACUUUUGCCAAUGUUGAAUUUGAUAUUAGCAUGCGUGAUUUGACGUGCACUGAAGUACAGUAUGUCUGUGUGGAAUUUGCUAAGGGAGAAAACCCUAGCACUGUUUUCAAUCUCAUCCCUGUACCUGAUGAAACUAUAAUGACAAGCUGUUCUCCAGCAGAAUGCGAAGGUGUGUUUGCCAGAGGUUUGACUUGGCGCUACUCGGCAUCAAGCAUCAUUGCUGGUAUUGAGAAUCCGCUUGAUAUCACUGCCUCCGUGAUCUUCACUUCAACUUCUCCAGCUAUGUCUGGCUCAAAUCUUUGGAGACUUGGACUCUAUGGAAGCAAAAAUGUUGAUGGCAGUGGCGAGAGGUUCAACUACAACACCCAAACCCUUAACAAUUUGGAAGUCUCUAAGAGCUUGGCAGCUGGUGGUCCUUUAGAGUUUGUGGAUGCUUCAGCCAUGUUUGAUGUAGCUGCCAUUGGAUGUGGUCCUUUCAUCUAUGCUUGCAUGGAAUUUACUAAGAAUGAGAAUCCAAAUCCUGAUUUCUACUUUGGGGUGAUUCCAGAGGGUGAUGUUAUCACUGUUUGCGAGAAGAGUCCAUGCAGAGCAAAUUUGGAGAUUACAAAUGUUGGCAAUCGUGUUUUGACCGGGGGUAUCCUUAAUGACCGUUACUCCAACCCCAUCUCCAUGGAAGUUGCUAUCCGUGGUCAAGGUGUGGGUGUGGCUGGAGAAGGAUUGUGGGAAAUGAGUGCAUUUGGGAGCUCCAAUAUGAAUGGUCUAGGACAACGCUACAGUGAGAGGAAUCAGGUGCUCACUAAAGAACAGCAAGACAAGACGAUGCGUGUCACUGAAGACAUGCUUUAUGCCAGUGUAGAUUUUGACCUUAACAUGAGUGGAUUGACAUGCAACCAGGUCCAAUAUAUUUGUGUGGAAUUUAGAAAAGGGGGAUUCCCCACUACCAAUUUCAACCUUAUCCCUGUUCCUGACCCCAGUAUCCUAGUCAGUUGUUCCCCUGCUGAUUGUGAAGGAGUAUUUGCUGAGGAACUUCAGUGGACAGUGGAACCAGUUGAACCCGUUUUCCCAGAUGAAGCGAGCUCUGUCAGCAUUGACAGUACUGUACUCUUCCGCGAUGGCAACCGGGAGCUAGUCGGCAGUGGCCUGUGGCGCCAGGGUCUCUUUGGUAGCAGGAACAGGGAUGGUAGUGGGGAGCGAUUCGACUACCAGAGCCAGACUCUUGAUAGACCCCAACAAGGUACCACCCUCAUAGCAGAUAGCCCUCUUGAAAUCCAGGACGCUAUCACCGACUUCCAGAUGGGAACAAUUGGAUGCAAUGACUUUAACUACCUCUGUCUAGAAUUCACUGGAGGAGAUAACCCAAACCCCGAUUUCUUCUUCCGAGUGGUGGGUGCCGUUGACAAUAGUGCCAGAGCCAACACACUUGUCACCUGUAAAGAGCAAGAAUGUCUCUCAAGGGCCGUUUUCACAGACUUGGAAGCUGAUCUUGGAAACCAGAUCAUCUAUGAAAAUAAGAGGAAUCCUCUUAGUGUUGACCUCUCUGGUAUCACCCAUGACGAUUCCACCAAUGUCCGAGGAGACCAGCUAUGGAAGGUUGGUGUCUAUGGCAGCAGGAGAGCAGAUGGCUCUGGUCCUAAGGCUGGCCUCAACGAGCAAAUCCUGGAUCCCUCUGAAGCAGGCACUACUCUGUUGGAUGACCAGAACCUUGACAUGAACAGCGUCACCUUUGACUUUGACAUGACUGGCAUUCGCUGUGAGGAUGCUGAAUGGGUCUGCUUUGAUCUUGACAAGAACAACAGGGCUAGUGUAAACUACGUAUUCGAGGCUCGCCCAGAUGAAUCGGUAAUCACUGAGUGUAUUGACAUGAGGGACCGUUGCAAAGGUGUCACUGCUAUUGAUAUUGACUGGAAUUAUGAAAUUGGUGAUGCUCCAUUUGGUCAGCCAUCUCCUCUUACCCUCGACACCAACAUCAACUUUGACCCAGAGAGUCCAGAUGUCAAUGGACAAGGCUUAUGGCAGCUUGGCGUAUUCGCCGCUACCCGUCCAAAUGGUGAUGGCCCUCGUAGGGACGAAAUUACACAGACCCUAGACCCCUUCAAUGAAGCUCGACCUCUUGAAGAAGGUGGACCUCUUGAAUUUGACAACAUUGUUACCAUUCCAAUCGAUGAGCUUGGCUGUGAUGACUACCGUUUCUUAUGUGUGGAAUUCAAGCAAGGUGUCAACCCUGCCCCAGGCUUCAAAUUCGAGACCCAAGCUGGAACUGAUUCAAUCAUAUCUUGCAGGGAGCAACCAUGUAGAGGUGUCGAGGUUGAAGAUCUUACAUCCACCCCCACUGAUACACCCUCUGACCUGAUACUCUAUGAAGGCAAGGCAACCAAUCCUAUCCAGUACGAGUCUGUUGCAACUACAACCCCUGAUUCAGGUGUGGUACGUGGUGUGGACCUGUGGACCCUCAGCCAGUGGGGUAGUGAGCGUGCCAAUGGUAAUGGACCCCAGAAUAACUUCCAGGAGCAAGUUCUCUCUGGCUAUCAUGCUUCUCUUCCUGUCCUGACUGCUGGUGACACUCUAGAUUUUGUGCCUCUUGCCACCAAUUUUGAUAUGACAGGCCUUCGUUGUCCGCAGGUCAAAUACAUCUGUAAUGAGCUCAGCAAAAACCCAGUUUCCAGACCUGACUUUGAGUUUACUGCCGUUCCUGAUGAAUCUGUACUCAGGAGUUGCUUUGAGGUGCCUGAUGGAGCUUGCAAAGGUGUUGUUUUCACCGACCUGGAUUGGGACAUGACCCAUGGACGAGUUUCCCCAGAUAGUCCUGAUGAUGUGCGCUUCAAUGUUGAUGUCAGCACACUGCCUGAGAGUGGUGCAGCAGAUGGAGAUGGUCUUUGGCGUAUUGGUGUGUUUGGAGCCCAGAACCCACAGGGAACAGGUCCUCGUCUUGAUUACAAGCGUCAGAUCUUGACCCGUAGCCAGUCCUCAACCCCAGCUGAGGGAGAAGGCAUGCCCCUUGAGUUGAAUCGUCUGGAGACUGAAUUUGAUCUGUCACAGCUUGGAUGUGAUUCUGAGUACCGCUGGCUCUGUCUAGAGUUCGCCAAGGGUCUACGUGCCAGCCCAGACUUCGAAUUUGAGAUCAAUGGAGGUGGUGAUGUUAUCAUCAGCUGUAAGGAGCAGCCUUGCCGAAGACCUGUUAUGAUCAAUGAUGUCGUAACUGAUCCACUUGGCAAUAAUCGUGUGAAUGAGGGCACCAGAAACAACCGAAUCUUGUACGAAAUGACAGCCAUAGCUGAUCCUUCUAGUGGAAAGGCCCAAGGUCAGGGACUUUGGGACGUUACAACAUAUGGUAGCACCUUCCCUGAUGGCCGUGGUAUGCGAUACAACCCACAAACUGCAUAUGUCUUCACCCAGUACCAGAAAGACAAAUCUGCAUUCCCUGGUGAGAACAUCCGUUAUGGAGCUGUGGACACCAACAUGGAUAUGACAGGCUUGACUUGCAACGAAGUAAGGUACUUCUGUACUGAGCUUCGCAAGGGAGAAAGACCCAGGCCAGACUUUGUAUUGGUUGCCAACCCCACUGAAGAUGUCUUGACUUCUUGCUUUGAGAUGAACUGUGAAGGAGUUUUGAUUGAUAACACCCGACUGAUUCUCAACUCUGACCCUGAAUUGUCUGAUGGACCCAAUGAUCUAUCAUUCGACUUUACUGUGAACUCCAACCCUACUGGAGGAGAUGCAAAUGGUAAUAAUCUCUGGCGUCUUGAGACCUAUACUUCCACCAACAACGAUGGCUCUGGUAGGCGUGACAUUCUGCGUACUCAGACGCUGGAUCCUGCCGAUGCUAGCACUGACAUGGGUGCUGGAGAUACAAUGACCUUCCGUAACCUAGAUGCCCUUGUUGAUUCUGCUGAUAUCAACUGCGAUGAAGACUACUAUAUCUGUGCCAGUCUUUACAAGCACGUUGCAGCCUCUUCAGAUUUUUCAAUGAGAGCCACCAGAGAGGGUGCCCUUACUGAUUGUAGAUUUAUUCGUUGUGCCAAGGCUCGUAAGUCAAAAGCUAUCAUUCUUUCUCAGACAAAACACAUUGACUUUUUUCUUUAAUAGUAUGUGAUUUAUUUU